AUGGAGAAUUUCGAUUUUUUCGCCGAUUUUUCGAUAAAUGAAGAUGAACCAGCCACAAGUUCUAGACAUGUGAGUUUUUUGUGUGAAAAAAGUGGCAAAAAUAAUUUUUCCAGGGAAAAUGCAAAACCUUUGAAGAUUGGCCCAAAUUACCAUAUAAAAUCAAGAAAAUUAUAAUUUCCAACCUGGGAUUCAAAUGCAGAUUAAAUCUUUCACUUUGCUCGAAAUCCGAUUUUGAAAAUGUGAAAAAUUCGAAAAUGAAGAUUAGCGAGAUCAGAAUCGUUGAGCAAAACUUGAUAUUUUAUGAGAUUUGUAAAGAAGAAGAGAAAAAAUGUUCGACUGUUGAGAUUUAUUUUGAUAUUGAGAAAGGAGAACGAUUUGAGAUGAAUUUUGUAGAAGAAAAUGAGAAAUGUGUUUUAAUUUCGUGAGUUUUAGGGGUUUAUUAUGGAAAAAGGAAAAAUCCAGACAAAACAAUUUUUAAUGCUCGUAUUACUUUCCAUUUCAUGAUUUCGGAGUUUUUAAAAGGUUUCUUAACUCAUCCAAAACAAGAGUUCAUUUAAAAAGAAUACUCUUUCUUCAAUUUUCUUCCCGAAAAUUGAUUUUUUUUUGCAGAAUAUAUGAUAAAAGUUAUAAAAGGAAGAGGAAAUUUAGUCAAAUAUGUGAAAAUAAUUAUAAAAUUGAGGCUAUGAAAUUAGUGGAAUUCUGUUUGGCAAAAUGUGAUUAUCGAUUGAAAAGAUUAACUAUUGAAAUGGUAAUUUUUAAUAUUAUCAAACUUUUCUACAUUUUUCCCUCAAAAUGUUUUUAUUCAGGAACAAAAUUGUUUCGUUUUGUCUCCGAUUCCUCAACUGCAAAAUCUACGAAAUCUCCGAGUUGUCACCGAAAAUCAAGAAUUAUUACUGUGGUGGAUUCGGAAAGUGGGACCACCAAAACUGAAAACUCUUCAAAUUUGCACAAAACAAGAAUUACCCACAGCGUUUCUGAAUGAAAUAUCAACGCAAUUAAAUUCUUGCGAUAAGUUGUAUUUCUGGGCGACGCCUUUAUUCAAUCAACAACAAUUUUUGAAUUUGAAUGCGAAAGUUAUCAAUUUGGAUGUUGGUUUGAGUUUGACUGAUGAAACUAUUAAUAUUUUGUUGCAAAAAUGGGCGAAUGGCGAAAUUCGAAAAGAUUUUGUACAAUUUCUUGGAUGGUUCAAGAGAGAUUCUUAUGAUAAGGAUAUUAUUUUGAAGAAUUUGAAAGUUAAAAAAUGGGAUGAACAGUUUUAUGAUGAAUCGUAAGUUGUUUAAAAAUUAGGUUAACUUACCUGAUAAAAAAUAUUUUUUUUCAGACAAGGUUUCUGUUUCGAUUUUGAACGAUAUGCUGGAAAAGGUGAUUGUUAUGAAGUUGAAAAUAAUCAUUGGAAGGAUAUCAGUGCAACGCUUCUAUUGUCUUCAGAUCGGAUAACUUUUCUAGUCACCGGGCGACUUUUUCAUGGUAGGAUGUCACAUUUUGUUCCAGUUGCAUAA